AUGCUUCUUCUUGUUCUUGGCUCUUUGGCUGCCACAUAUGUCUUUUUUCUUGCCCUUCUUCGUUUCACACAAGCCUCGAAGGAGCCGCCUGCGAUCGAAACCACGAUACCCUUUAUAACUCCACUGCUUGGUUCAAUACCGGGCAUGCAAAAGUAUGCAGUGAAACUAAGAGACAAAUAUGGCCUCCCGAUCUACACAUUAUGCAUGCCAGGCCAGCGCAUCUACGUCACCAACUUCCUAUCACUCAUCCCACCACUUCAACGCGAGAUAAAGAACAUUGCUUUGCAUCCUAUCGAAGCUCGGGCAGCAGCCACUGUUAUGAGUUUUGGCCCUGCUGGUAACGCCAUUAUAGGCUCAGACAAGAUGUUCGAGCACGAUUCUUACCUGUCUACAUUUGUACCGUCUACUUCACCAGCUUUAUCACCUGGUCUAGGACUUGACGCUAUAAAUGGUGUAGCAAUCCAAUAUAUGUCGCGUUCUUUGGAGAAACUAGCGAAAAUGGCUCCACUGGUGUCGAGCUGUUUUCCUGGUGAUUUCGAGCCAACGAUCCAGAUCCACAUGCUCAAAGCAUGGCCAAGCGUAUUGGCACCCAAAGGUCUGCAUGCACGAGAAAAACUCCUCAUCCCGGCCUUCGAAAGAUGCUUUGCGGAAAAUAGCCAUCAUCAAGAUUCUCUCCUUGUUCAGUGUCUCUAUAAGCAUGACACAGAUCAUGGUUUGCGAGGCAGAGAUGUAGCGGCUACAGAAAUAGGCCAGAUGAUCGUAUCCUUGACCAACAGCACAGCAGCAGCAUUUUGGAUGAUCUAUCAUGUAUUUUCUGACCUUGUUCUAGAAGAUUGUCGGAAUGAAGUAGAACAACUCAUACAUACUGAUGGCAGUGGAAUCUGUACCGUCGAUCUAGCAAAAAUCAAAUCCGUAUGUCCCAUCCUCCUUUCCACAUGGCAGGAGACUUUGCGCUACGUGCACAUCGGCAUAUCCGCUCGGAUGGUGAUGAAAGAUAUCAUGUUCGACAACGAAUAUCUCCUCAAGAAGGGAGCCACCGUUAUGACUACCGCUUCAGUUCAACAUGCAGAAGUGUCAGUGUGGGGACCAACUGUAAAUACAUUUGACCAUGGACGAUUUUUACGGAAGCCUGGCGAGAAGCGUACAAAUCCUGUUGCGGUUCGCUCUUUCAGUGGUGGCGCAGCACUCUGUCCUGGUCGUCACUUUUUCAGUACUGAGGUGAUGACAUUUACGGCUUUGCUGUUGCUUCGCUUUGAUCUGAAGCCUAUAGCCACGGAUGAUAACUGGUUAAAGCCUCGGAAAUUCGUCCCAGUGACAUCAUCUACGCCGACAAAUAAGGAUAAAUUGGAGGUAAAAAUUAUUUCUAGAGACGAACAAAAAUGGCAGAUAAACUACUCGACGUCUGCGAAAGGUGUGGAUAUGGUUGCAGAGGAGUUUGCUCAAAGCCAGCAAUGA